UAAAAAAGUUCGCAAAGGUUGUCAGCGGUAGACGAGGGAGUGGAUCUUUAUGUUUAAAUGCAGUAACUGUGACAUAAUUAACCAAGAUUUUAUAUAAUUGUGAGACAAUAAUAUUCAAUAUGUGCAACCUACCGCCGAAAUUCUAUGAACUCUGUCGUCUUUGUUUAUCGUGUGAUGGUGUAAAAUCGUCUAUUUUCGACGAUGAAGGAACUCAGCGUAACUUUCCGCUGAAAAUUAUGACGUGUUUAUCAUUAUUGGUGUCUGACAGAGAUCUAUUGCCACCGUCUAUAUGUCACCGCUGUGUGUACAAACUUGAUGUACUCUAUGACUUCAGGGAAGUCUCAAGAAAAUCAGAUGUGAUCUUAAAGCAGUAUUUGAGCUACACAGAGCAACUUGCUCGGGCGACAGCACAGGAAAAGAGAGUGACCUCGCCUAUCAAUUGCAGCAUGCAAAAUGAAAAUAAUGUGGCUGAAGAUUCAUUGCCCCAAAAUGAACAGAGAAGUGAUUUGGAUAAAACGAGCACACCCUCGCCAUUGGAAUUACGAAUAAAGAAUGAGAUUAGAAAUGACACAGGAGAUGAUGCAGACACUGGCAGUGAAUCUGAGAAGUCAUUGAGGUUUAACGGAACUGCUCAUGGCUCAGAGUAUGGUGGAAGUGGUGGAAAUAAUAGUGGAAGUGGUGGAGAGGAAGAAACAAGUGAAUUGGACACAUCCAAUGUAUCCACAAACACUACACUAGAAAAUGUGUACGUGAAGGUAAAAGUUGAAGGAGGACAGAGUCCUCCCCGAGAACAGCAAACGAUGACAGAUGAUGAAGGCUGUGCAACUGACUAUGAGGAUGAACAGUGGCCACAACCAUCUCAGCCACCAAUGGAGCACGAAUCUUCAGGGAAGGCCCGCAUUGAUGUGCCAACUAAUGGUGGAGGUGGUGAAGCAAGCACAUUAUUGCGUACACUCAUCUCUUGUCGGAAACUCGGAUUGACCCCUAGCGAUGGAGCUCAUCAGGCUCCACAUACAGAUAGUGUGGGAUCUGGAGCAGUACUAGGUAAUUGCACUAACCAGCCACCAACAAUAACUGGAGAUCGCCGAAAACAGAGUUUUCCCACACGAGCUAUAGCAGAGGACUGGGGAGGAGCAGCACAUCAUCCUCCUGACUUCACUGGCAACAAUCCUUGGUGCAAUCUCUCACCAGCAGCAAGAUCAGGGAGGCAACAACUGGCAGCACGGCGAGUGGACUUAUCAUGUACUAAUUGUGGUACCAUGACAACUACUAUAUGGCGGCGCAACCCAGAAGGUGAAAUGGUCUGCAAUGCCUGUGGAUUGUAUUAUAAGCUUCAUGGAGUGAACAGGCCAGUUACGAUGCGAAGAGAUACAAUACAUACAAGGCGUCGAAGGCCAAAAGGGGACAAGAAUUCUCCAAACCAUCGCCAUCGUUCCAAAGCAGCCAAUGGAAAUAUAGCUACAGAGGAGCCAGCAGACAUGCUGGCAGCUUUACGUCGACAAAUACAACCGCAUCUAAUGUUGGCGCUGCAGGCGGCGCCAGGACUUCCUCCACAUUCGCAGGGACAUCCUCCACAUGGUCCUGCUUCGUUGUCAGUCAUCAAGUCAGAGCAAGAUUCUGCAACUGCUGGGGGCUCCGACAAUGAAUCUGAGGAACAUGAGAGGUCAGGUGAAAAUGACCUAUCUGACCUCCCCCUUAAUUUGGUGGCAACCAGCUUAGCUGAUUGAUAAUUGAACAGAAAGUCACUGUAACACAGGGAUAAACUCAGGUUCUGUUGCUUCAAGAGUAAUACACAAUAUGCACUGGCACAUACAAAAUUAAAGAAAAUGGCUUUGGAAUAUGCAGAUGUUGUAAGAGAUCAAUUAUUCUAUUUUAAAUAACAAUACAUAACAGUAAUAAUUAUGCUCUACAAAUGUA